GUGCUCCGGCGGCAGAGGGCCGAGGCGCGGGCGGCGGCGCUGCAGCGGCAGCUGUGCCGCACCUGGCGCUGCAGCGCGGCGGCCGCCGGCAGGGGCCGGCGGCAGCUGCGGCGCUGCGCGCCGCCGUGGCGCGGCCCGCGGGAGGCCCUCGGGGGCGGCGCCUCGGCGGAGGCCGCCCUGCAGGCGCGGGUCGCGGAGCUCGAGGCGGAGCUCGCCUGGAAGGGCGAGGAGCUGGAAGCGGCGCGCGCCAGGCGGGAGCGGAUAGUACCUAGAUGUAGUCAAUGACCGUGCGGCAUACACUAUCGAGCGCUGUGCACACGAUGUCUAGAGGCCACGCGUGACAUUUGCCUCUCAGUUUCAGCCGGAUGAAUGAAGAAUUCGUUUGUGUGACCGACUGUGGCAGCGGACUCGCGCCGCUCCCUGGACGCAGUUUCUGCGGCCUAGGCGCCAAGAGGUGCAUGACGACGGUUUCGUUAUUUCAUGCUGGUCCGCGAAGCCGAAGGGCCUUCCGGGGCCAACGCGCACAGUAGCAUUGCGUGUCAGGUCAGGGCCUAUCGUGGUACUUCCCAUACGAGUUUUUAAGACAUCCCUCCACGCGCUGAUUUAUAAUAGCCAGGAGACGCAGCUGCACUGCUUGUGUGGUCAGGGCUGGCCAACAGUGACCACCUUCAUGCGGAGCACUGCUCACCUCUUGGGUCUCACCCCGUAGUCGCAGCUCUGGCACGUCGUCGUGGUUCCGCGGGAUGCGAGUGACUAGUCGAGCUGCUUUCCCCAAGCGGCGCUUUGUGGACGCCCAGUGCCGUAGUUUCCAUUUGUUCUUGGCGGGGGAAUCCCGUAAAUACCGCACCC